ACUAUGCCGAUUUACACCGUCGCCAACUCGUGCAAAUUUACCAUUUUUAUCGCGCUGAUGGUUCUGGGGUUCUUUUUGUACAUUACGUUACUAUCUGCUGUCCACACGGCUUUUCAUGACAGACAAGGCGAUUUCGGUAGCAGGCAUGAGGAAUGGAAGCACACACUAACCUGGGUGGAAAAACGCAACAGUUUACCAAAUUAUUUUCUCCGACCGAAGCUGUAUGCAUCAAGUAGUAAAAAAUGGCCACCGAAUGAAAAAUACCGAAAUGGCGUUAUGGUGUUUGUUCACAAUGCGAAGACUGGCGGUUCAAGCAUGAGACGAUGUAUUCGUUCCCUCCGGGAAACUUGGAAUAAAACUACCCCGACUCGCCUCUACAGUGCAAUAUCGGGAAACUUGAGGACGUUUUAUCGCAAUAUGCUCAAUUCCAGCAAAAUUGAUUAUAAGAACGAUAUGUACUGGGGCGAUAUGUCCAUGGGUGUUUGCGACUACAUCGAUAAGCCAUGCUCGUAUUUUGCAAUUUUGCGAAACCCGUAUGAGCGUGCCGUCGGGACUUACAUUAUGUGUCGACAACAGCAAGGCAGACACAGAGCCCACUUAUGUCAACUAGAACACGCCAACAACAUGACAGUUAAACAAUGGUCCAUUUACCAGGAAAGUCAGUUUUUCGACCAACUGCUCGUCAACCCCGAAAUCUUAGCAGAUCAUCCGAAAUUCAACGACCUUUUCCAAGGAGAACUUUCCAAGAAAAAAUACGAUCGUUUGCUUGGCUGA